GAGUGAUGAUUUUGAGAGGGUGUGUCUUGUCAGAAUGAACUAACUUAGCCCACUUUCUAACUUUUCAUUUGAUUUUACUCACGAUCCAGAAAAGGUACAACAGGACACGCUCUUCCACCACUUUUUGUCGACACAGAUUUUCUGGCGGAUAAGCGAUCAACUUGCUUUUGAAACAUUGUAUGUGGCGUAGUUUCGGGGAAAGGCGAAGUCAUACGCGGAAGGCUAGUGUAUUUUUUCCUCUCCUAGGUUGAGAUACUGUCCUUGACAUUGGCCAACGCGCCUUUUUGCCCCUUCUCUUGGGGUUUGUUGGUUAACCAGCGGGGCUGUAACGAUGGGGGAUGUCAUUUCCACUCACCUGGACGAAGGCAAGCGAGAGAUGAUUACCGCUCGUACCAGGCAGGUGACGGGGGAGUUUGGCCAUGUGUACGAGCAGCAGUAUGCAGUGGCCCUCUUCAACAGUGUCCGCUUUGAGAUCGAGGGGGGAGGAGCGCCCCAGUCACAACUCCUGCACCGCAAGAACCCUCUGGAGGACCGCUCCAUCUUCUCUGGGGGUCUGUUCCAGUACCUGGAGGAAAACAAGAGAUGGAGGAACCGCUUUGUCUUCGUGGCCGACACCUACAACAUCAGCUUCUAUGAAAACAAAAUGGCUCACGAGAGGAGCUUGCGCCCUAAAGGAACCAUCAACUGUGCUGGAUACAAAGCUCUAACUUCCAUGGAGGAGUAUCUUGAACUGAUCAGCACCAGCCUGCCAGGUAUAAAGGCCAAGGUGGGCAGUGGUCAGUUUGUGAAGUGUGCCACCCAAUUCCCCCUGAUCCUGUGGCACCCGUACGCCCGCCACCACUACUUCUGUGUGCUGACAGAGAAGGAGCAGAAGAAGUGGCACGCUGUGCUUCAGGACUGUGUCAGACACAGCAACAAUGGUCUGUCAGAGGAGUGCAGGGUGCAGACCCCGGCCUUCACAGAUGCGAUGCGACUCCACAGGCAGGCUCAGGGACACUACGGCACCUGGGACAUGAUGUGUGGAGGGCCACCACAGAUCCUAGCCAACCUAGUGAUGGAGACCCUCCAUCCAGAGUUGAGGAAUCUGAUUGGUCCUCGUCUAAAGGGGAAGAUUCAACAGCGACAGAGGAACUGGAUGCUGAUCUCUGAGGCGGUGUAUAAGCAGGUGUUGUCUCAGACCCAGGCUCAGUAUGAGGCUUUAGUCCAGGCCUGUGAGGUUCAGACAUCCCGUCUAGACACAGUGUUACGCACAGAUAUGGACCAGAUAAUCACCUCCAAGGAACACGUCAGCGGCAAGAUCCGCGCUCUGGUGUUGCCCAGGGCAGGGCAGCUCCUGCGGGGCAGCGUCCAGCCCUUCCUCAGCUCCAUCCUGGAGGCCCUGAUGGAGCCCACCAGCCGAGGCUUUUCCGAGGUCCGAGACGUCUUCUUCAGAGAGCUGGUGGAGGUCAGCAAGAACACGCUCAACGGAGGGGGCAAGGACAAACUGGCGGAGCACAUGGAGAAGAUCUCUAUGCUGGCGUUCCACCCGGUGAAGAUGCAGAGCUGCUAUGAGAAGGUGGAGCAGCUGAAUCUGGAGGGACUGCAGCAGAGGUUUGAUGUGUCAAGCCCCUCCGUGUUCAUCCAAAGGGCUCAAAUCCUCAUGAGAGAGCAAAUGGAUAAUGCUGUGUACACGUUUGAGCAUCUGCUCCACCAGAGUCUGGAGGGAAAGGUCCAGGGAGGAGAGGACCUGUGUAAGACCAUCCACUGCUGUCAAGACAGAGUUCUUAAGAAAUAUGACUAUGACAGUAGCACGGUGCGUAAGAAGUUCUUCAAAGAGGCCCUGCUACAGAUCAUCAUCCCCUACAUGCUGAAGCAGCUCUCUCCCUCCUUCCAUCUGGACCUCCCUCGCUUCCAGGAGUUGAUCUUUGAGGACUUCUCCCAGUUCAUCCUGGUGGAGAACGUGUUUGAGGAGGUGGUGCUGCAGUCUGUCACCAAGGACAUCAUGAUGGCUGUGAAAGACGCGGCAGUCCAGAAGAAACACAACCUGUAUAGAGACAGCAUGAUCCUAACCAACAGCGACCCCAACCUCCACCUGCUGGGGGAGAACCCCUCGGUGGACUGGGCCACACAGUUCAGGGGUGGGAAUGAGGAGCCUGAGGGGGCCCUGGGAGGAGGCGGCCAGUCCAGCAGGAGGCGUAGGCAAGUGGUCUCCAUGAUCCAGCUGGAUGAGAUGGGUCCACUGCCCUACGAGUCAUGCCUGGAGGUGCCGGGGGUGGACUUCAUCCCCGAGGAGGGAGAGAUUGAGGAGGUAGAGGUUAAAGCUCAGGAGCCCAAGGAGCAAAAGACCCCCACGGAACCUGAUUCUCCAGACAGCGUGCAGGAGAUCUGUUACCACAGCAAACCAGUGGUGGAGAUGAUGGUCUCGGCUUCAGAGGAGGACUUCGCUGUUCUCACCAAUGGGACAGGGACGCUGAAGGAUGGGAAGGAGGAGGAGGUGACACUCAUCACCACCGUGGUGGAGGAGAUGCACAGGAAGUCACCACAGGAAGUGAACGAGCAGCUGGUAGAAACAGGAAGUCCAUACCAGGAAGCUGAGGGGGGGCUUCAGGAAAAGGGGGAGCCAGCUAUUGAAGGCAAAGGGGAGGAAGACGAGGCGGCCAUCAAGAACGCCAUACAGGAAAUAGAGAUAGCGGUACAGGAAGAGGAUGGAGAGAGGAUAACUGAGUGUGUCGUAGACUCUGACGCAGAGCUGGCCCCGCCAUUGGUCGACUCCAGCCCCUCGGGGCAUGAUGACGGAGGCUUCCAGCCGCCUACCAAUGAGGCCUUGAAUGAGGGCAAAGCUCAGCCAAUCCUGGAUGCUCUGAAAACAGAGGACACUGUAGUCGACCCAGGAGAGGUGGUGGUGGUUUUAGAGCCGGGAGACACUGCACUUCACAACGAGUGAGACCGGGGAGGACUUCACUGGGAAAACAGCAGAAGGCGAGACAGAAAUUGUAUAUAAGAUUUUGAAUGGGAGGACAAGGGAGCAAAAAACCUUUCAUUUUAGUCGGUGUUAACUGAUCAUUCCUGACCCCUCAGCAUUGUUUUUCUGAUUUAUAUUCCAUACAGUCACAUCUACAACAGUGGCCUAUUUAACUGCGACUUCCAACCUCUCAUCUGGAGUCAUGUUUGUUCAAGUUUAAUUUCUCUUAAUUGUACAUUUUAUUUUACUCUAUUCCUCAAGCUUUUGUGUGUGACACUGAACCCCAGGUAUCUGCUGCAUUAUCCUUAGAUUGUGUGGUCACUAAGGAAUUUAAAUAAUUUAAGUCAGAAUUGGAUAAGGGAUGUGGGGAGAAUUGUGGAUGCAGAAGAUACACAUUACACUACAGAGGCCUAUCUGCAAGGGCCCUAAGGAUAUGUUCAGAGAUGCAUGACAGAUAGUUAUAACUAUGGUUCUAGGGCAGUCACACACCCACUGGUCAUUACAUGUCCUUUUAUUCAGCAGUAGGGGGCACUGUAGGCAGGCGGUUGACGCACAGUCUGGCAUGUCAUCCUACUGAAAUGGACAUUGUUGUGUAUAACAUAUCAUUAUAGAGAUGUAGCUGUCAUUGUAUUCAGGGUCUGGGAGCACUGCUUUUUAACAUGUUUUUACAUUGACUUAACGUGUAUAAAACCAGGCAGACAUUUUGUCUUGAAUAAGUGUAUGUUGGGCCUCCUUUUCAACCAUUAUUUUAUUAUUUUCACAAGUGGCCUUAUUGUUUCAACACUAUAUUUUUACAGUGCAUGACUUCAGCAUGAAAUGGCACUUGCUUAUGAACUUAUUUUCUAUGUAUGUUAGUCCAACCCUUUAGUGUGAGGGGAGCUGCUCAAACGGUAGCAGUCACUACAGUCGUAUUAUAGAUGCUAGAGGUCCCAUGUCGGCUACAGUGCUACUGAAAUGCCACCGUCAUAAUUAUGAUGACAGUUGUUAAAGGGACUUUCUCUGCUGAUAAUUUUUAUUGACUGUGACGCAUCAGCAGAAUCUCAUUGAGAUAGAAUGCUCAGUCUGCGUGUGGGAGGUCUGGAUGACUGACAUCAGGCUAUGCACCUUGUCAUGAAGAGGCCUCUGUCAGUCGCUUCUGGCCAAACAAAGGGAAUCAUGGGAAAAUAACCAAGUCAUUUCUCCCCCACUCUUUUAAAUGAGGGAAAUCAAAUGUAUUAUUUCAUAAACUAUCAAUGCUAUGUUUAUGGAAACUGUAUAUUUGAGGCACAUUGUUCUUAAAUCAGACUUAAUCCGUUUGUAGCCUUGAGGAAAAUAUUUCCAUGUAACUCCAGGACUUAAAGGGUUAGUUCACUCAAAGUGCUUCGGUUUCCUUCUUCUUAUUUAUGACACAUACUGUGUGGUGAUCAAUGCACCAGCCUCUGCUAUAUUCUUAUUUUAUAUGUAAAGCUCCAUGCAAGACCUUUUUAUUGAUUGUGUUUAGCUAUAUGUAUGACUGGGUAUAGUUGUGUUGAUUUUAUGGUUAUCUCUACACUAAAAUGCAUUUUCAAAUCAAUUAGAUCAUAUUUGAUUUUCUGAAAAAUCUUAGUUGGUGGUAUUUAUUGAUAAUUAGAAUAAAAUGACACUAAAACAACA